AUGAACCAAGAACAAUCGGAGCAUGGCAAUAACACUAAUAUAAAUGAACUAGGAACCACGACUGCGCUACCGACUACAGAUUACAAACUAUCUAUAAGUAGUAAUCCAGGUUCCAGAAGAUCAUCCAUGAAUGAUGGAGAUUUUUCCUCUUCGAAUAAUCUACACCAACAGCAUUUGAAAUAUAGUGACGAUCUACAUAGAACACCAGGAUCUGACGCAGCUGAUGCGUUUCACUCUAACACUGAUAAUAACGGAGAUGAUGGCAAUGUCCUUUUACAAACAUACUUGUUGCCGCAGAUCCAAGAAUUGACAGAAUCUAUGGUUACUCUAGAUACCAAUUUCACGAGGCUUAAUUUUAUUCAUGAAAGUCUCGUGGAUUUGAAUGAAUCCGUCGGUUCUUUACUUUAUGGAUUAAUGUGUAAUUCAUGGUGUGUUGAGUUUCCUAACGUUCCCCACGAUUUGGAGAAAGAGUUGAAAAUAAUGAAAAGAUUAGAGAAUUUGAAGGAUGAAAAGAAAAGGUUACAGAGACAACUGGCCGCUGUGAAAGAUCAUAGGGCAGCCGCCCAGAAGCCAAGACCUAAUAGUAGUAGUAGCAGUAGUAAUAACAGUAAUUUGCCUCAGCAAAGGGGCAAAUUUGCUCAACCAUUAUUCCCGUCCACCCAAGGUACGAAAAGAACCGCAUCAAUACACGCUGAACAUUUACACAAGAACCUGCGGGAGGAUGAACAAGAGCAGGAUAUUGACGAUAACAGUAGUGAAGCAUCUUUUGUUUCCAAUCCAGCCAUCGAUACCCAGAGGAUACGAUCUCAAACAGCAGGUACCAACCGAUUGGGAGCAAACAAUCGGAAUGCAGAGAAUAGUAAGUUAAGAAGGCACUCCAUCUUACAUACGAUCAGGAAUAGUGUAGCGUCUAACGCGGACAUGUAUGGGAGUAGGAAUGAAAGAACAACAGCAACUCAAGACAACGGUGGGGCAAGAAGAUCGUUAGGCCACAGAGCAACUAGAGUCGUUGUAAAGGGUAAUAAUGUUCAGGCAUCCUCGACUGCUCAGAGAAGAGGAACGAUAUUACAAGGCUAUGCUGCUCGGAUCUCAAAACCAAUGUCAAAAAGACCCAGUAUGGGAACGAAUGCCCUGAAUAACACAAGAACACAUGAGAAUCCAGACAAGAACAGUAGCAACAGCAAUAGUUAUAGACCACCUUUCAGAUGA